AUGACUAGAUUAAAUCUUACACCUUGGGAACAAGAUGGUGAUGCCAAAACCACUCCUAAUAAUACAUCCUAUAUUUUAUCCAAGAAACCUUUAGGAGAUGGUUCAUAUUCAGUGGUUUUUGAAUGUAAGAAUAGUACUACUGGUAGACACUAUGCAGCAAAAAAGUAUAGUAAAAGAUUAAUGUAUGGUAAUGAAACCAUGUUAAAGAAUGAAUUUGAAAUAUUAAAGCAAGUAUCUUUAUCUCAUGUAAAUAUUUUAUCAUUGAUUGAUUAUUUUGAAACUGAAGAUAAUUUAUACUUAAUUACUGAUUUAGCUCGUGGUGGAGAUUUAUGGAAUAAAGUAUCAGCUGAAGGUAGACUUGAUGAAGAUACCGUGAAAAGAAUACUUAAACAAUUGGUUAAAUCUGUGGAAUUUUUACAUUGUCAUAAUAUAGUACAUCAUGAUAUUAAAGCUGAGAAUAUUUUCUUUCUUUCUUCAGAUCACAAGAAUAUAUUAUUAGGUGAUUUUGGAUUAGCUAGAAUAUUGAAUUCAAAUGAAAAAAUGCAUGAUGUUUCAGGUACUUUAAGUUAUAUGGCUCCUGAAAUGUUUGAUCGUGAACAAGGAUAUAGUUUUCCUAUUGAUAUUUGGGCUAUUGGUGUUGUUGCUUAUUUCAUGCUUGGUGGAUAUAUGCCAUUUGAUUGUGAUGAUGAUGAAGAAACUAAAGAUGCCAUUAAAAAUAGAAAAUAUUUAUUUGAACCGGACGAUUAUUGGACUGAUCUUUCAUCUGACGCAAGAGAGUUUAUUUCAUCAUGUUUACAACUCGAUCCAUCUAAAAGACCAAAAGCCGAACAAUUGUUGUAUCAUCCAUUCUUGAAGACAAAAACAAGUAGUUUCUUGAGACUUUCUCAGAAGGAUCACCUUAAGAGAUCAGUUACAAAUUUAUCUGCUUUACAAAGAGAUCAAAUUACAAGUAUAUUUUCUAAUGGUAAUUCUCCAAGUUUACACCAUUCCAAUUCAAUCAGUAGCAGGUUAGAACGCGGGCGUUUUGAAUCCUUAAAUAAAGAUUUUACAUUACAUGGUGCUUAUUGUCUGUCACCAGAAACAGUUUCACUUUUCACUUCCCCAGUUGGUUCAGCUGCUGUUUCAAGAGAAGGAUCAGGCGUCCAUUUGUAUGAUGAACUCCGUAGGUAUGAUGCAUCUCCUCAUAAAAAGGGUUUAUCAUUGAAUGCAUCUCGACAAUCAGCAACAUUCGUGUUGUGA